GCGUCGCCAACUCCACUUGUCAGAUCUUGCCCGUAUGGUAUGGAGCUCGCCGGAGCAGCCUCCCCUCACCCGCCGCCGGAAUCCCACGUGGCGCCGCCCCGCCCACCUCCGCAGCCGCCGGAAGAGGAUUUAUGUGAAGAUAGAGGGGACAUGAGUGUCACCGGCGAAAAGCCAUGCACACAUCGGGAAUCAGAUGUUGGUCAGACAAAUAGUUGUAGCCUUAACAAUUCCAGUGAGUGUGAGAAUCAUACACCCAGCAACGACGAAAUAUCGGAACCAGAGUCCAAUUUGGAGAUGGCCAAGACUGAUCAGGGCGGCGAUGUGCCGAGCGGAGAGAAGGUCCUGAAGAAGCCAGACAAGAUCCUGCCGUGCCCUCGCUGCAACAGCAUGGACACGAAGUUCUGCUACUACAACAACUACAACAUCAAGCAGCCAAGGCAUUUCUGCAAGAGCUGUCAGAGGUACUGGACCGCAGGCGGAAGCAUGAGAAACAUCCCCGUUGGUGCUGGGAGGCGCAAGAGCAAGAGCUCCAGCGCGAGUUGCCGCAGCGUGUUGAUUCCCGUUCCAGGCAGCAGUAGUGUAGCUAAUCCUGGCGGAGAGGCUUCCCUGUUUCCGUUGUCCGUAAAAGCAAACCAAGCAGCAGUUAGCUUCGGGCCUGAUUCCCCCCUCUGCACCUCCAUGGCCUCCGUGCUGAAGAUCGGAGGAGGAGGAGAGCAGGUUAAGAGCUGCAGCCCUGCCUCAGCAGCAGCACAGCCCAGGAACGGAGAAACCCAGACCCAGACGUGCGCACCUUCUUCUGCUGCUACAACACCAUCAGAUGGUCCAGGGAAUGGAUUGCAGAAAGGAGCAGAGAGCGCACACCAAAACCAAAACCAAAACCAAAACGGAAUCAUUGGGCACAGCAACGGAGUCACUCCAGUGCAUCCUAUACCGUUCUUCCCCGGACCGCCUUUCGUGUACCCCUGGAGUCCAGCAUGGAACGGCAUUCCCGCCAUGGCAGCGGCGGUGUGCGCAGCCCCAGCGACAGCCGAAGCAGCGAUUUCAUCAGAACACGGCACCGCGAGCAGCACCGUCCAGUGGAACGUGCCACCAGCGAUCGUGCCCGUGCUGCCACCGGGAUUCUGCGGCCCGAUCCCAGUCCCGGUAAUCCCGCCGCCUUCCGUCUGGCCACUGAUCACUCCCUGGCCCAACGCAGCAUGGAGCGCGCCGUGGCUCGGGCCUAGCGCUAGCGUGCCGCCGGGGUCAUCUCGGAGCAGCGGCAGCAGCACGUGCUCCGACAGCGGCUGCGGCUCCGGCUCCCCCGUCCUGGGAAAGCACUCGAGGGAGUCGAGGCCGCAGGGCGACGAGAAGGCGGAACGACGGUGCCUGUGGAUCCCCAAGACGCUCCGGAUCGACGACCCUGUCGAGGCCGCCAAGAGCUCGAUCUGGACGACGCUCGGGAUCGAGCCUGGCGACCGGGGCAUGUUCAGGCCGUUCCAGUCGAAGCAUGGACGGCAGCAGGAGCUGCAAGCGUCCGGCGCCGCUCGCGCCCUGCAGGCCAACCCGGCGGCUCUGUCGCGCUCGCAGUCUUUUCAGGAGACGACGUGAUUACUACACUACAGAGCAGAGCGUUGCUGAAACCUGUGUGGCAUUACUAUUCAGAGACGAUUGUAUUUCAACUUCAAGGGGGGAAAUGAGAGAGAGAGCGCGAGAGAGAGAUUGGCCUGUUUGGUUCACUACCUCAGUUGCCACACUUUGCCUAACUUUUCUGACUAAGGUUAGUUAUUCAAUUCGAACGACUAACAUUAGGCAAAGUGUGGCAUAUUUAGUCAUAAACCAAACAUGCCAUAUAUGUUCUGUACAAUAUGAUUGGCAACAUAGGUGCUGCUGCUGUACAAGGCAGCGGACACCGUUACUGUAACUGUAACCAUUGGAAGAGUGCAUCCUCAAACAGUGUGUUGUUUCCAUGUAGAGCGUGCCCCCAACAUGUUGGGUUGGAGGUGAUCAGGUUUCCAGCGCGUGCGUGCUUGGUUGUACAAGAAUAACUGUCAAUAGCUUCCCUUCGC